AUGUCGUUUAUGAGAAUACCCUACACUGCGCCUCUACCAAGUCCAACCGUCAAACCAGGAUCAGCAUCAACACUCCAAGGCGCCGUCGCCGCUCUCCAUGACUUCCUCACUGCACCUCCAUCCCGCAGUGGCAAUACCGUGGUACUCUCCGGCGCAGGCAUCUCGGUAGCAUCUGGCCUCGCGGACUAUCGUGGCAGCCAUGGAACGUACACUCUAAACAAGACUUAUAGACCGAUCUAUUUCCACGAGUUCUGCGCAAACCAUGAGGCCCGGAAGCGAUACUGGGCUCGAUCAUUCUUGGGAUGGACAAACUUACACCGCAGUCGGCCUAACAUAGCACACGAAGCCGUUGCCAGCUUGGGAGAAAUGGGCGUCGUCUCUACCGUCAUCACACAAAACGUCGACUCAUUCCAUACCAAGGCCCAUCCGAAUUUGAGAACGCUAGAGAUACAUGGCUAUCUCAGGAACUGCGUAUGCCUCAGCUGCCGCACGGAGUAUAGCCGAGAGGAGUUUCAGAAGGAUCUGUCUUCCUUGAAUCCUACAUGGGCUGCCUUCCUCAAUGAAAUGCUGGAGUCUGGUGCUUUGACGACAGAGAACCCAGAGGAGCGGAGACGGCGUGGCCUGAAGACGAAUCCUGAUGGCGAUGUGGAUGUUCCCGGUGUGGAGUAUUCCACGUUCCGCUAUCCUCCGUGUCCGAAGUGUCUCAAAGAUCCUCCUGAAGGAAAGCGAGUCGAGUCAGAUUCCGACGGAGCGUGGUCUCGUACAUCGACGGCUGGUGUACUGAAGCCAGCUGUUAUCAUGUUUGGAGAGUCGAUCACGAACCCGGUCAAACUCGCAGUAGAGUCGGCGAUCGAUAGCGCUGAUCGCAUGUUGGUACUUGGAUCCUCGCUCGCCACCUAUUCUGCCUGGCGUUUGGCAAAGAAGGCCAAGGAGGAGAAAAUGCCAAUCGCCAUUGUAAACAUGGGAGGCGUGAGAGGGGAGGAGCUGUUCAUGGAAGAUGUUCCUGCAAACGGGACUGGCAAGGAGGGACUCAGAUGCGCCUUGUCGCUGGAAGAAGUGUUGCCGGCUUUGGUCCAACGCUUGCGGCAAGACGCUGCGCUCAAAAUCACCACUAAUCCGAAUUUCCAACCUGCUCCGUGGCGAUGA